ACAAUCGGACUUCGGAGCGGGAGCACUAUUUAAUUUAAUUUAAUCGUGCUUCCAAUGUUGUUCAUACUUUCAUAGUUCAUACUUCAUACUACAGAACAAUAAAUUAUACCAAGUACAAAUCAUGUUCAUACCCAUUGUUAUUUGAUAAUAAAAAAACACAAAGGCCACGUUCAAUUAUGAAAUUCAUUUUUCAACAUCUGAUGUGGUUUAGAACUUCUAUUGUAAAAGCAAUACAAUAUAGAAAGAAAGAGAAUGUAACAGAAACACAACAAUUCUCAAAUUUAGCUAGAGAUCUGUAUAAUACAUACCGCAUUUUGGGACAGCGUUCAAAUUGUGAUACAUACUUUUGCAAUAAAAAAAUACUAUUCGAUGAAAGUUGGGUGUUACUAGCAGAAAAUUGUGGAAUAAUGAUAGAAAUAAAUACUAUUAUCAGUCAAUUAGUCAUUAAUUCUAAAUGUUUGAUUUCAGAUUUAGGUAAUAAUGCAUAUGAGCAAUUUAAUAGUCUUAUAAAUAAAUACCUUGAUGGAAAAUUUGGAAAACAAUUUUUGGAAAAUGAUGACAGAAAAAUACUUCAUAAUAAAAAGAGGCUGGCAUUAUUUCCUACAACAUCAAUAAAUAGAGAUAAAAAAUCAGGUGUAGAUGAGAAUCAUGGUUUAGCAAAAGAAUUGUCUGAAGAAUUCAAAAAACAAAAAAUUGAUUUUAUAAACAAAUUAAGAGAAAUUGAUAAAGAUAAACUAGAAAAAGAUACUAGAGAACAAGCAAAAUCUCCACUAUGGUUCUCAGAAAGGAGAAAAAGAAUAACUUCUUCUAAAGUAGGAAAAAUUUGCAAAAUGCGACCACACACAUCAUGUAAAAAAACAGUUCAUGAACUACUGUAUGGAGAAUUAAAUUAUAAAAUUAAAUCUAUAGAGUAUGGACGUAUGAUGGAAACUGUGGCCAAACAAAAGUUUGAAGAAAUAUUUAAAAUUGUUAUUAAACCUGUAGGUUUAUGUGUGGAUGCAAAUGAUCCUUAUAUAGCAGCAAGUCCAGAUGGUCUUAUUGAAGACGAUUCAAUUAUUGAAAUUAAAUGUCCCUUCUCUGCUAUAACUGAAGUAAAUAUGUUAGAAGCGGUUAAAAAUGGAAAAGUAUCAUUUUGCCAAAUUGACAACGAAAAAUGUGUAACAUUAAAAACGAACCAUGACUAUUAUUAUCAAAUCCAAACUCAAUUACAUGUAACAAAAAGAACAAAAUGUUACUUUUUUAUUUUCACAGAUAAUUGGUCUUAUAAUAUAAUUAUUGCAUAUGAUGUCAACUUUUGGAACACAAAAAUAAAGUUGCAGUUAGAUUUAUUUUAUAACGAAUGUUUACUGCCUGAAUUGAUCAGUCCACUAUUUGGCAAACGUCUUUUAGUUAGCGACAUAAGAGAUUCGUCAAGAAUUUUGAGAGAACAGUAUACAAGAAAAGACAAAAAAUCCUAACUAAUUCCAUUGGGACGCUGGCACCAAUUUUUUUUUUUUUUUUUGGUUGCUUUUAAAUUGUUUAUAUGCAAUUUAAUGAGUUAUUAUUAUACAUAUUAGUCAAUAGUUGUUUUAUUAUAUAAUAUGC